AUGGACGGAACUGUUGUGAGAAGGGUCAUUCCCUCGGACAAUUCUUGCCUCUUCAAUGCCGUUGGAUAUGUUAUGGACCACAACAAAAAUAAAGCUCCUGAGCUUAGACAGGUUAUAGCUGCAACAGUGGCAAGUGAUCCAGUAAAGUACAAUGAAGCAUUCCUUGGAAAACCAAAUCAAGAAUAUUGUGCAUGGAUUCUUGAUUCGGAGAAGUGGGGAGGUGCCAUUGAGCUUGCAAUAUUGGCCGAUUAUUACGGACGUGAAAUUGCAGCAUAUGACAUUCAAACCACUCGAUGUGAUUUAUACGGUCAGGACAAGAAGUACUCUGAAAGAGUGAUGCUCAUCUAUGAUGGUCUCCACUAUGAUGCUUUAGCUAUGUCACCAGUUGAGGAAGCUCCCGAGGAGUUUGAUCAGACCAUAUUUCUAGUCCAAAGGGACAGGACAAUUGGGCCUAUUGAGGGGCUUGCUCUUAAUCUUGUUAAGGAUCAACAAAGGAAAAGAAGCUACACGGACACUGCAAACUUCACACUAAGGUGUGGCGUAUGCCAAAUUGGUGUUAUCGGUCAGAAGGAAGCCGUGGAGCAUGCACAAGCUACUGGGCAUGUCAACUUCCAAGAAUAUAAAUGA